UCAGGUGCGCCGCACCUGUUCGCCCGCACCUGCCGAUCACCGCCCAGCUCGCUCGGGUGCACCGCAGCCGGGGGCCCAGGGGCCCGCAUACUUGCUGGGGGCCACGCCCUAACGGCCCCUCCACUUCUUUGGGUAGUCUCCGAGCACGCCGGAGGGAACCGCCUGGCCUUCGGGGCCCCUUUUGUCUGGAACCAGUCCUUCGGGCGAAGCAGGUUCCCUCUGCUGUGAGAGUGUCGCUUCACCGGAGGGGACGAUUUGUGUUUACCUCGGUUAACAAGAUUUGCAGUUAACCGGCCAAAAAGAACUUUUUUUUUCCUCCCCUAUUUUGGGGUGACUUAAAUCUCCAUUCAAAUUUUCUUGUGUUGCUUCCCAGAUUUUGUUUUACUGUUGGGUCGCCCUCCCGGAGCGUCCCAUCUUUUCUGAGACGGAAAUGGCCAAUUCGGGCCUGCAACUUCUGGGCUUUUCAAUGGCCAUGCUUGGCUGGGUGGGCCUGAUAGCGAGCACUGCCAUCCCGCAGUGGCAGAUGAGUUCCUAUGCGGGCGACAACAUCAUCACAGCCCAGGCCAUGUACAAGGGACUCUGGAUGGAUUGCGUCACGCAGAGUACCGGCAUGAUGAGCUGCAAAAUGUACGACUCGGUGCUCGCCCUGCCGGCGGCCUUGCAGGCCACUCGAGCCCUAAUGGUGGUGUCCCUGGUGUUGGGCUUCCUGGCCAUGCUUGUCGCCACGAUGGGCAUGAAGUGUACGCGCUGUGGGGGAGAUGAUAAAGUGAAGAAGGCCCGUAUAGCUAUGACUGGAGGCAUUGUCUUCAUCGUGGCAGGUCUUGCUGCCUUGGUAGCAUGUUCCUGGAUUGGUCAUCAGAUUGUCACAGACUUUUACAACCCCUUGACGCCCAUGAAUAUUAAGUACGAGUUUGGGCCUGCCAUCUUUAUUGGCUGGGCAGGGUCUGCUCUGGUCCUCCUGGGAGGUGCCCUGCUCUCUUGCUCCUGUCCUGGCAGUGAAAGCAAAACCGCAUACCGUGCACCCCGCUCCUACCCUAAGUCGAAUUCUGCCAAGGAGUAUGUGUGAGGUGGGGUGCUCAGCCUGCGGCAAGGUGUGGGACAAAGACCUCCGGUCACGCCAGCCCUGGACACCAUGUACAGUUCUUGGGGGGGCAGUUAGGGGAGGGACUGGGAAAAGACA